GGCGGGCAAGUCGUGGCGGGACCGGGACCGGGAUGACCGGCCGCCUAUCCGUCGUGACGCGGACAGGUGGAGAGACGAUGAUCGGGAACGGGAUGGGCGGAGAGGAGAUAGGUAUGAUGGGCCGCGCAGGUCGAGGUCGCGCUCGCGCUCGCCGCCUAGGAGGGAGAGGGAGCACAGACGGUCGAGGUCGAGGGAUCGGUAUAGGGAGGAUGAAUAUCGGAGGCGGAGGUCGAGAGAGCGGUCGGUGGAGUAUGAGAGGGAUGGGAAGCGGAGGCGGGUGGAUUAGAGGUUUACAAGUAUUGCGACAUGGCUUUUGGCCAGUGAUAGCAUCGAACGACUGACCCUCGGAUGAGCGUUGAAAUGCCUGCGGUGCCGGGUUUGGACCUUUAUCUUAUCUCUGAUUCGCGCUUCCUCCACCCCGAAGUUCUGGAUCGCGAUCUAGUGCUAUGGGAGCUAUAUAUCUUCCCUCCUUAUCCGCUGACCAGUCCAUCCGCUGAAAUGUCUUCCCCGUCUCUGCCCUCGACCUCGCUGCAUACGCUCAAUGUCUGCCCCACGCUGACCAAUUCGUCUUGCGCGUGGGCUUCGGAUCUGAAGCAGUUGACGGAGCUGUAUGAGUGCGAGUGGACAGGGGCGGUCGUAUGUCGGACAGCUACGCGGAAUGGGUUCAAGGAGGGGGAAGAACAUGGGGUCGUCUUUGGCAAGGACAAGUCCGAGGCUACAUUAACCACCCUGAACUCUUAUGGCUACUCACCACAUCCCCUCUCCCAAUACCUCGUUUGGUUCCGUGAGCUACUGUGUUCCCCGCCGCCUUCUACGAAUCCCUCCAAGCCCAUUAUCAUCAGCAUAACUUCCAACGACCCCCGUGAACUGAAGGAGAUGGUAGAUUCCAUCCAAACCUUCCGCAGAGAAAUUGGCGACAUCCCUUUAACCCCGUUCUCAAAUGCGAACCUACCGACAUGUCGAAUAGGCAUCGAACUUAAUACUUCGUGCCCUAAUAUGGGCCCAUCACAUCCGCCGCCGGCGUACAUACCGACCUUGCUGCUCCCGUUGCUCACCGUCCUGUCGAAUGCGUUCAAGGCAGACCGGAGCCUCGCCAUUGGGCUGAAGCUGCCGCCCUUCGUGUACCGCGGCCAGUUCGAUGCCAUGAUCGGCGCUGUGCAUCUGUUUACUUACAAGUCCCCCGAGGGAGAGGAGAUCAACCCCUUCGCGUACUUCGCGACCACCAAUACUCUGGGCUCCGCGCUGCUCCUGACAUCACAGUCGGAUCUCUCCCCGCCAUCGUUUGUCCCGUCGCCAUCCGCUUCUACACCCCCGUCGGAAUACGCACUGCCGACGCCGUUGGGCGGCCUCGCCGGCGCGCCUUUGCAUCCUCUGGCACUGGGCAAUGUCUUUACUUUCACGUCCCUUCUUUCGCCCUACCCUGCGCAAGCCAUAGCGCGCAUAAAGGUCGUGGGGAUUGGCGGAGUUGCGGAUGGCGAGGGCGUGCGGCGGAUGCAGAGCGUAGGGGCGGCUGUUGUGGGGUGUGCGAGUGUAUUUGGGAGGGACGGUGUAGGUGCGUUUGCGAGAUUGGCCGAGGAGGUGGGAUGGAAGGGUUCAUCUGCAUGAGGUUAGUCCGACCAUGCUAAGCAGCAGACGUCGAUACAUCAGAGCGCUACAGUCUGGAUGCGGGUUAUUUGGCGGUGGGCACCCGUGACUAGUGCGCAGAUCUCGUGCUGAGCGCUGAACCCAACGGCUGCCUGGUAAGGCGGAAGACUUGGUCUAAG